AUGUACAAAAUCACAACGUCCGUCCCGAUUUGCCCUGUUCCGCCACCGGACCCGGAGCCUGAAGUUGCCGCAAACGGUAUGGCACCUCUUCUAUUAUCCAUUUACUCUUUUUGCAGCUCUGGCGGGUGAAACUGGAAAUAUUGUGCACACGGUUCCGAAAGAACCGCCGAGUCCGGCGGAUCUACCGCGCAAAAUCUGCCUCGACUAUAGUGUUUAUAUGGAGAAACCCGAAAAUCCGCGAACGCCCGAAACCAAUCGACCACAGCAGUUAAUGCGCCGAAAAAACGGAUAUUCGGUGUUCAUUUCGAUGCUAAAACUCACAAUCUACCUAGUCUAUCAUCGACUUGAAAGCGAAAAAUCCAAGGCCAUUGCGUACACACUCAUUUCUUUCGAAUCGACAAUACUCGUGUGCAACCUGUACACUUAUGCACACUUGUGGACUUUGACCUCUUGGAAAAUGGUGGAGACGGAUGUGGUGUACAAAAUGAAACACAUGGCGGAGGACUACACGCGCAACGCCGAAACUCUCUUCUAUUUCUACAUCGCCGUGAAUCGCUACAGCCUGCCGAUCGGAUGGGCACUGUUCGCUGCGAUGUUCGCCGCCGCGCUCAUGCAAGGGCUACAAUGGAGCCGUUGGUUUUUUUGAAAUCCUCACAUUUUUUACUGUAUUUUUGCUGUUUACACUUUUUCAAUAGGACCACUUCCUGGGGUACUGUAGCGCUGGGAAGUUAGAGAAAAUUCAGAGUAUACGAAUUUGAUUCAAAAGUUUGAAGCGUUACGGUAUCUCAGGGAAUGGGUGUACCAAAACGUUGUCAACUACAAAAAUGAAGUAGAAAAUAUGAACUUUAUUUUUGUAGUUGACACUUUUUCUGUAAAACCAAGCCCAGGGGUACUGUAGCGAUGGGAAGUUAGAGGAAAUUCAGAGUUUACUAAUUUGAUUCAAAAGUUUGGAGCGUUACAGUACCUCAGGGAGUAGCUGGAUCAAAAAGUUGUCAACUACAAAAAUGAAGUUAAAAGUGUGAACUUUAUUUUUGUAGUUGACACUUUUUCGAUUGGACCACUUCCUGGGGUACUAUAGCGCUCGAAAGUUAGCUUAUGGUCCUAACUUGCCCUAACUUCAAAGCUCCCCAGUAUUCUUCAGAAAGAUUGUUGUUUUCAGUGAAAAAUACAUGGGAAUUCGAAAGAAACAGAGCCCAUGCCGAAAUAUUCAAAGAAAAGUUCCCCAACGCAGAUGUGAACGGAAAAACGUCUGCAGCGGCCGUUCCGCAACCGGUAAGUUUUGAAAAAAACUUGUGCUUCUUCAAAGUCACUAAACUUCAAUUUUCAGGCCAACCCUCCUCCAGCAGCUCCACAACCGGUAAGUCACAAAAAAAAACGAGAAAAAAUAAAUCGAGGAUAUUUGUCGCUAUAUUGUCCAGAUUUAAGGACGACGAAACUGAAGGCGAUCCGAGAUUCGCGUACGAAAACCGCAGACCCAUUCCACUUCCAGAAAUAAUUGCGAUGCAAGCGGACCGGGUUCGACGCCAAGUUCGUCUUCAUCAGGCGGUAAGCGAACAAUUCCUUGUUCGACAAUAUCUUUUUUUGCGUUUCAGGUACUUGCUGCCGAGCCGCUACCCAACUUUCGACACCGAACACCUAUGGAUUUCGGUGAUAUUAUCAAAAUGAACGGCGGACGAGUCAAUCCUUCGCUGAUUUGA